AUGUUAGCGUUAGUUAGUAAAGUGGUACGAGUGGUGAUGGAGAGCUGGAAGGAGUUCUGUUCGGAGACCAGCCUCCACGGGUUCAACCACAUCACGGCUGAGAGGAGGCACUGGAGCGAGAGGUUGUUGUGGGUCUGCUUCAUAGCGGCGUCAGUGUGGCUGGUGCUGGACAUAUCGAUGGGCCAGUGGCAGAGGUACGACGAGAACCCCACCAUCGUCACUCUGGAGAAGGACUUCAGAACCUGGAGGAUCCAUAUGCCGGCCGUCACUGCUUGCUUGAAGAACAAAGUGGAUGUAAAGAAACUUCCGAAUGCAAUCAAAUCUCGUUGGAAUGUUGAAGCUGGCCAUCCCAAGUACUUGUAUUACAGUCGUUUCGUGAGCGCCGUCGCCAGCUCUACUCUGGAGAACCUCACGUUGUUUGAACAGUUCGACGAUGACCCAACACUGAACGUGGACUUGUUCAGACUCGCCGUUGACGUGAUGGAAGACAGCAACAUCAAAGUGAGUAACGGAGAGAAAAUAAAAGCGAUCUGGACCCCGGUGAUGACGGAGCUCGGAGUGUGUCACACACUCAACUCAGUGGCCACCGCUGAUAUAGAGAUCUUCAAGUCCAACGUGAGCCAUACUAAAGACAAUCCGAUGACUUGUCAAGCGGACACCAACGGCUGCUUCCUGUAUCUGGAGUGUGCUGCAGAGAUACACUACUAUCUCCACUCUCCGUACGAUGUGGUCGACUACACUGAAGCACACACCACCACCUCCCCCCCACUCAUCACACACGUGGACGUGACCACCACCGAGAUAGGAGUGGGUCCAGGAGUGAGGGACCUGCUGCCGAGGAGACGACAGUGUCUGUUCACUGAUGAACCCACCGCAGGCUACAGACAGGUAUACAGCACACACUCCUGCAGACAGGACUGUAGGAGACGCCUGGCGAUGGAGCUGUGCGGGUGUCAACCGUUCUACUACUUCUAUGUUGCUGGCCCGACCUGUACAGUGAGCGGCAUGCGUUGCCUGUCUGUACAUCAGCAUCGUCUGUUCACUCUGGAGGGCCAGCGUUGUUCCUGCAGCCAGCACUGUGUGGACGCCGUGUUCAAGGAGGCCCUGGAGAAGAUUGAGAACAUGACGGGAGGUCCGUUCGGGCUCCGAGGGUCCGUCCACUACACCCUGGAGCAGCCUCGCGAGAGAUACGUCAGAUACAUCGUGUUCUACUUCCAGGACCUCGUGGGUGAGUGGCAGCUUCUCUGUACAACAACACCCUGUACGCGUGUCACAGUGUCAGUCAGUCACUCAUCUAUUCCUUAUGCUCCUUUCUGUAUUGUUCUGUGUCGUCAAGUGUCAUUCGGCGGCGCGGCUGGUCUGUUCCUGGGAGCCAGCUUCAUCAGCUUCGUGGAGGUCGGCUACUUCCUCGUCGAGAGACUCGCGAGGUCGUCUCCAACACACACCGUGACGGAUGUGAAGAGAUUCAACGCUCCGUACGAGGCUCGCAUCACAGAACUCACAGAUAUCAUACAGAAACACUUUAGAUAA